CGAUAGGGGUGGUCAGCUGUUCGACUUAUACGCUUGCACUAGAAUCUGCGGAAUUCUUUUUGUUUUGUGUGUUUACCAAGUUUACUGAAUCAAAAUGAGAUUGACAAACGUUUUACUGAAAAAAGUGAAGAGCAAGCGCAUCAUGGUGGUGCUGGAAAGUGCGGUCAGCGGACAUCAGUUUAAUGCCUUUCGUGAUCGUUUGGCCGAAAAAUUGGAGAUAAUACGCUUCGAUCCCUACAUUCAGAAAGAGAGCCUCUACCGCGAACGUAAGAAAAUCCGCAGCGCCUAAGGGAGAACACCUAAUAUACUUCCCUCCUCUUCUUUCCCAAUUCGUGUAGUUAGUCCAAAUAAAGUAAAACAAGUAAUUAAACGAAA